AGUGGGUGUUUCUCUUUUCCCUUGUUUCUCGGCAGCAGCGUCCAAUUGGCCUUCCGUCCCUCGUAUGCUCUGCCUGCGGCCGCAUUUCGCUCAUUGGCAGACUGCAGCUGUAACGUCACCUUUUUCCCCCUGAAAGCUCGCUGUUGACGAUGUCGCGGUGGCAAUGGCGAUGUUGCGGCGGCAAUGUUGCAUCCAACGUAAAUCAGCUUCGAUCGUCACCUGAUGCCGCACCACGACUAUAAGCUGCUUGCUUUGGCCGUCGUGAAGGAUACGCAUACCCUUGCCAGCCCAAAGACAUGGUGGAAACUGCUAUCCAGGCUGCCUUCACUGGGCCAGUCAAAUCGGAGUCCAAGACACCCUCGAAUGAAGUGGCGACUGUUUUAAUCGACCCUACCGGGGACCUCAUUCUCGAAGUACGAGAAAGGGAUGGUCUCCAAGCUUCGGCCAUUCGCGUGUCGUCUGCUCUCAUGGCACAUCACUCGGUUGUCUUGCGUGGCGUGCUCGACCCGGAUUUCAAGCUUGACGCCAGCUUGGACCCUGAGAAUCCAAUGACGCUGACUGUCAAGGGGGACCCCUGCGAGAUGCGCUUGUUGUGCGCUGUUUUCCACUGCCAACAUGAUGAAAUUCCUGUCAAGCUUGACUUUGACAUGUUGAGAGCGCUCGCUCGACUUGCCGGAACUUGGCAAUGCCGUGACGCAUUCAAGCGGUUUGUGCAGCUCUGGCUCCUGGCUCUUCUGGAAGAUCUCAUGGAGAAAGGCUUCAUUGAGGAAGAUGGCUCCUCUUUCUUCAAAUCCGCAGUGAACUUGAUGUCAAUCGCGAAUGCUUUUCAACUUGGUGAGCCUUUCUGUCUCAAGCUUUUGCACAAGUGCUAUGAACACUUGCCUUUUCAUUCUCACACUCUCGGCACUGGUUCUUGCAAGUUGUCGACCUGGGAAGAGAAGAUGCGAAGUGUUCAUCUUGAAGCAAAAUUGAUGAUUUUGGAAGCAAUCAAUCUCUGUGUUGAAGGCCUUAAAAAGCGUGAUGAGUUUCAGCGAUGCCGCAAGAAAUCUCGUUGCAGCGGCCAGCUACUCCCGCCGGACCCAGACCCCCUGACAAUGUUGGAAAGCGCUUCACUUUAUCCUGCCUCUGCCAUCUCCAAUGAGUCCAUCAGCUCUCUUUACUCCAAGCUGCCCAUCAUCAGCAUGCUCGAUAGCAGAAUGUUCCGCUGCGAGUGCCAGUCAUGCGGGCGAUUUUACUACUGGAAUUGGGACAAUGAGCCUCACUACGAUCGCAUCAAGAAAGCUUUGGUGAAAGCACAAGCUCUAUUCAAACACCUUGAAGUCGAGUGGCGUCAUCACUAUACAAGUGAUUGAAACGCUAAGCUGGCGUCCUCGCACCCAAAGCGUACAAAUCUUGAGUGUCACGAUGCAGUCAUCGCAAGAGCAACGACAUAAUAUACUAUUCCUGUCAGCAAAU